UCAAACAGAUUUCCCUUUUUAAGAACUAAAAAGUACGCCUUCAUUAAAACUUAAAACACAAACACUACAAAUUCUUAACACAAACACACACAUGGGUAAUUUACACAUCCACGUAACCUUGUUCUUAAUUGUACUCUUUGCUCAAUCUUAUGUACAUUGCAUUGAUCAAGACCCUAUAGCUGUAGAAGACUGGUUCAAAGGCAUUGAAACCAUGAAAGAAAAAAUCACCAAACUUCACUUCUAUUUUCAUGACAUAGUUAGUGGAAAUAACCCAACUGCCAUGCGAGUGGCUAAGCCCAACAGCUACAUCUCACUCACCGGGUUUGGCAAUGUGGUCAUGGCUGACGACGUUUUAACGUCUGAACCUGAAGCUAAUUCGACCAUUGUAGGUCGAGCACAGGGGAUGUAUGCAUCAGCCUCAAUGGAGGAUCUUGGAUUUCUUAUGACCAUGAAUUUUGCUUUUAAUAGUGGGGAAUUUAAUGGUAGCACUCUUAGUCUCUUGGGGAGGAACCCAGUGUUACAUGAGUAUCGGGAGAUGCCAAUUGUUGGUGGCUCGGGUGUUUUCAGGAUGGCUCGUGGAAUAGCUACUGCAAAAACAUAUAGUUUUAAUCUUUUGGGUGAUGCAAUUGUUGAGUAUAAUGUUUUGGUGUCUCACUAUUAAACUUAAGUUUCUUGUAUGUAUCAAUAUAGCGAAAAGUAUCUUUGAGUUCAAAUGAAAGCAGAAGACUUUCAAUAUGUCCUGUUAAAGUUUCCAGAAGU